ACACUCAAUCACUGAAUCUGACGAGCGUUAGGACCCAGAGGAGACCUGCAGCAGCGUGGAGCUGCAGGCUGCAACCAACAGCAACAGCAGCGGAAACAUGGCGGACCACAACAAGACGGACAGCCAGCUGAAGUUCUACAGUGAGAUAUUAAGUCCCUCUGAGCUGUUUGCAGCCCGGUCCAGGAGUCACAAGAUCCCCGUCAGAGGACAGAAGGACUUCUUCCCCAAUGACUCAGACGAGCAACGACAGCGGCUUGAGCAGAGUCUGAAUGAGCACUGGAGCCUCGUAUCAGAGGAGAGAGUGGAGAAACUGGGAAACCUCGUGAAGGCCACAUGGAUUCCAGGCGAGCAGAUCGUGGAGCUUCAGUCUCCAGCUGGAAAGUUUUGGCAGACGAUGGGCUUUUCUGCCAACGGCAAGCAGGUUCUCCUCCCUGAAGAGGCUCUCUACCUGAUGGAGUGUGGAAACGUGCAGGUGUUUUACCGGGACCUGCCGCUGUCCAUCCAGGACGGGUACGAGAAGUUUCUGUCCUCGAGCACAGUGAGCCUCCAGCAAUAUCAGGUGUUCGGGCAUUUGAAGAGGCUUGGCUAUGUGGUGCACAGGUUUGAUCCCAGUUCGGAGCCAUCGUCCUAUGAGAGGCAGCUGAACCUGCCGCAGUCACGUGACAGAGCGGGGAAACAACUGAAGAGGAAGCGCAGCGCCAGCCCGACUCCCACCCCCACCCCCACCACAACAUCUAGUCACACUGAAGCACAAGAAGAAUCCACAACUGACAGAAUGGAGGAGGAUGUAUGCAGCCAUGAAGGUGAGGAUGAUAAAAAACUUGCUGAGUCACACCUGGUGAUGUCUCCAGAGACUUCAGGGACCCAGACUCCCACUGCAAGUUCAGCAGAGGAAGGGAAGGGCAGGACCUGGUGGAUGACGGAUGUUCCCGGGGACCUACCAGAUCACCAGCCCGCCUCUGGUACCUCACGCUGGGACUUCAGCUCCAUCCCUUUCCCUGACCUGGGCUCCAGGGAGCGCCUCUCCAGCUGCCUGGCCUCUCCAGACCCCUCUCUGCUCCCAGGGUCUUUUGCUGCUGGAGUCUGUGACGUUGCUCCCUGGAGGCAGAGAAUAAACGUGAGGGAGGUGAAGAUGUCCUCAAAGGAGCAGAACAGGGAAGAUGACAAGCGGAAGCGCCGGAGGGACGUCAACAAGGACAGAGAGGUUCGGCGGUGCAGAAAUUGGGCGGAGUAUCGUAAGCUCCUGGCAAGGCGGCAGGCGAGGGGUAAAGGCCGACCAGCUCACCUGUGGAACAGGGAAGUCAAUCCUUUACAUGACCCGAGACAUCUAAUCCCCACUGGGGAGCUGCUGGAUAAAAUCAGUGUGACUAAAUCUACACAUUUACUCGAGGGAGCGUCCAGGUUAAGAGGCUCUGAUGAGUCGAGGAUGUGUUUCAAUAUUUACCAACCGGAUACGGUGGCUGACUUCAAGAAGAGCAACCCGGGGAAACCUUACUCCCGGAUGUGUGUGUGCAGUUUCGAUGCCCCCGUGCCGGACCUGCGAGUCAUGAAGAUGCUGGCCUUCCAGAGCGGCGACAUCCCGGUGGUCUUUGCUGUGGUGGACCACGGAGACAUCUCCUUCUACACCUUCAAGGGCUUCCAGCUGCCCACUGAUGUGUUCCCCUGAGACCUCACUGCUCUUUAACGUCACUGUAAAACAUACACCAACACGUAACCAGGACUUUUAAAUUCAUCAGUUGGGUUGGCUGGACAUACAAAAAUAAAAAAUAUAACACACUGUUGAAUUACAACCAGUGAUUUACAAUGGGAGGGUGGUUUUAGUGCCAAAGUUUCUAUCGGCCACUUUGUCCUUUUUGAUACGACCUCUUAGCAUUUUUUACUUCUACACAUAAGGGCUUUAUCAGUUUUCAGGCUUCAGUGCUGUCAGAAAGAAAAUAUAUAUUCCCUAUUCAUUUCUGGGACUAACAGACCAUCACAGUACCAAACUAUUAAUCUGACCAGACUUGUUACUGUUUAUUUUCUGCAGCAACAACAAGAUAGAUCGAGUACUUUAUUCAUAGUUGGAAUAAAUUGUUUCUACAACACCGAUAAACAAAUUUACACUAACAAUAACCACAAACAGGCUUCCUCUAGAGUGGUGCCAUUUGAGGAUAGUUGUUGUUGUUGUUAGAUGUUUCUGUGUGUAUUAGAGAAAGGAGGUAAUUUAGAGCAAAAAAAUACUGUGUCAUUUUUAGUGGUACUGUAUUUUUUCAUUUAAGGACUCUCGGAUUCAUUUACAUCCACAGACUUUGACUUUUAAAGCAUCGACCGUAAGAUGGGAGGACAAUGUUGAGAGUUGAGCGCACUAUAAUAAAACUAAAAUGUGUAACAUUAAAUCACAUUCAGGGACAUUUCUGGGUACAGGUUCAAACCUGAGGAAAACAGAAGAUUUUUUUUUUUGCUUUUUAGGGGGUAAAAUGUGGUGAAAGUAUAAACUGUUUGUAUUCUGAA